AGUUAUUAUUAUUGUUAAUUGCUGUAACAGUAGUAUUUAUUUUCAUCUUUCCAUUUUCUCUCAUUUUCAACUUUCAAAUUUCAAGCAGCUUUGGAAAAUCCCAUCAGCCAACGGAAAAUUUUCAUUGUUUUCAGAUUUAGAAGAAGCUUGCUUAAGUGUGGAAAUCACACUGACAGGUUCUGGUUUGGUCAAAUUGGCUUGAGAGUGGUAAUUCAAUAUAUGCAUGGAAGCAAGAGAAGGUAUCAGUUCUGGGGUUACAGUGAUAGGAGCAGAAGCUCCAUCAGCUUAUCAUGUGGCACCGAGGAGUGAAGCUCCGAACCAAGUUCAUGUCCCUGCACCAGCAUCAGCAGGUACUGCUGCAGCUAUUGUUGGCUCACCGGUGAGUGUAGGGUUGGAUGUUACAAUUAAGAAGAAACGGGGUAGACCAAGGAAAUAUGGACCAGAUGGGCCUGUCUCCAUGGCAUUGUCACCAUUGCCAAUCUCAUCUUCAGUUCCGCCUUCUAAUGACUAUUCAUCUGGGAAACGAGGGAAGCCACGCGGGAUGGAAUACAAGCAGUCGAAAAAAAUUGGGUUGGAUCAUCAUCUAGGUGACUUGAAUGCAUGCUCUGAUGGUACAAGCUUUAUGCCGCAUAUCAUCACUGUCAAUGCUGGUGAGGACAUCACAAUGAAGGUCAUAUCCUUUUCUCAACAAGGGCCCCGAGCUAUAUGCAUCUUAUCUGCUAAUGGUGUGAUUUCAAAUGUCACACUUCGUCAGCCUGAUUCUUCUGGGGGUACUUUGACCUAUGAGGGUCGUUUUGAGAUACUUUCCUUGUCUGGAUCAUUCAUGCCUACUGAGAACCAAGGAACUAGAAGCAGGUCAGGUGGAAUGAGCGUCUCGCUGGCAAGCCCUGAUGGCCGCGUUGUAGGUGGUGGAGUUGCUGGUCUUCUUGUAGCUGCCAGUCCCGUUCAGGUGGUGGUGGGAAGUUUUCUACCAAACAGCCAGCAAGAUCAGAAACCAAAGAAGCCCAAGUCUGAUUAUACAUCUGUUACUGUUACACCAGUGAUGGCAGUUUCUUCUGCUCCACCCGCAACUAGUGCUGAAAAAGAGGAUGUACAUGUUAUGGGUGGUGGACAUGUACUGCCAAAUUCCGGAACCCUUAACUCAAGCCUCGCUCCUCCUCCCAACAACGCCUUCCGAAGAGACAACUGGGUCAACAUGCACUCCAUGCCAGACUCAAGAAAGACAGCUACUGAUAUUAACAUAUCUUUGCCUGAUAGUUAAGUUGAUCAUCAAUCUGCAUUCGUCUUGCUGACAACAUUUACCUCUGAGUUGUUUAUUUUUUAUGUUUGCAGUGUUCUCUAUUAUCCAUGAUUGUUCCAAAACCUGGUUCUGAUGUCUAUCACUGUAGAAUGUAGUGUUUUAAGUUGCGGCUAGGUAGAGUAUCUGAUUUAUUAUCAGCUGAUUAGGUAGAUGCAGCACUCUGCAGUAUUAUGAGUAGUAGUAGUAGUAGUAGUAGUAGUAGUAGUAGUAGUAGUAGUAGUAGGCUAAUUCUGAUGUAAUGAUGUACCUUGUUUGCCUGUUUAUUUAUGACUGAAUUUGUUGAAGUA